AUGCGUUUGUCCAACAUCAUCUCCGUUUCUGCUCUUGGCGCCUCGGGCGUCUUGGCGCAGAAUGCCACCACCGGCAAGCUAGGCGACGCACUCGUCGUCUCGAACAACCCUGCCGGAAAGUCGGUCAUUGGCACACUACCAACCGAUCCGUUCUUCAAAGCCGGCUCCCUCAACGGCAACGUGGUUGGCUCCGUGAAAGCGACUUCCGGCCCAGGCGGCCGCGGCGUCGACUACGAAGUGUCUUUCUCCAGCUUGCCUACGGAGGGUGGCAACUUUAGCUUCCACAUUCACGAUGCCCCUGUCCCAACUGACGGAAACUGCACGGGCACCCUGGCGCAUCUCGACCCCUUCAUCCGCGGCGAGGACCCCGUCUGCGACUCCACGAAGCCCGCGACCUGCCAAGUAGGAGAUCUCGCCGGCAAGUACGGAAAGAUCACGUCGGACCCGUACACGGCGAAGUUCCACGACGACUUUACCUCCCUGGUUGAGGGUGUUGGCUCGUACUUUGCCAACCGGAGUUUCGUCGUCCACUUCGCGAACAAGACGCGCAUCACGUGUGCCAACUUCGCCAUCCUCGACAGCAACAGCACGUACACCCCGACCCCUUCCGGUGGUGUCGUGCCCACGGCGCCUGGCUUGGUCCCUGCGGCGACGUCGACUAGACCCGUCACUGCGGCUGCCGGCGCAUUGAACAUCGCGAAGCACUUCGCGGUAGCGCCUGUAAUGGCUCUGCUCUUGGCGCUGUAA